AUGCCAUUGCCAUCCACAGCCAGACCGCCCAGCUCCCAGACUGUCCUGGUGACUGGGAAUCCCUCUGGACUGGAUACUCCUUUGUCAUGGUAACAACCUAGCCUGGUGGGACCAUCCUGACCUUUGUCAUGGUAACAACCUGGCUUGGUGGAACCAUCCUGACCUUUGUCAUGGUAACAAGUGGUAACAGUGGUCCUCUGUAGCUCAGCUGGUAGAGCACGGCGCUUGUAACGCCAAGGUAGUGGGUUUGAUCCCCGGGACCACCCAUACACAAAAAUGUAUGCACGCACGACUGUAAGUCGCUUUGGAUAAAAGCGUCUGCUAAAUGGCAUAUUAUUUAUUAUUAUUAUUAACAACCUAGCCUGGUGGAACCAUCCUGACUUUUGUCAUGGUAACUACCUAGCCUGGUAGAACAAUCCUGACCUUUGUCAUGGUAACUACCUAGCCUGGUGGAACCAUCCUGACCUUUGUUAUGGUAACAACCUAGCCUGGUGGAACCAUCCUGACUUUUGUCAUGGUAACUACCUAGCCUGGUGGAACCAUCCUGACCUUUUGUCAUGGUAACAACCUAGCCUGGUGGAACCAUCUUGACCUUUGUCAUGGUAACUACCUAGCUUGGUGGAACCAUCAUGACCUUUGUCAUGGUAACAACCUAGCCUGGUGGAAUUAUCCUGACCUUUUGUCAUGGUAACAACCUAGCCUGGUGGAACCAUCCUGACCUUUGUCAUGGUAACAACCUAGCCUGGUGGAACCAUCCAGACCUUUGUCAUGGUAACUACCUAGCCUGGUGGAACCAUCCUGACCUUUGUCAUGGUAACUACCUAGCCUGGUGGAACCAUCCUGACCUUGUCAUGGUAACUACCUAGCCUGGUGGAACCAUCCUGACCUUUGUCAUGGUAACUACCUAGCCUGGUGGAACCAUCCUGACCUUUGUCAUGGUAACUACCUAGCCUGGUGGAACCAUCCUGACCUUUGUCAUGGUAACUACCUAGCCUGGUGGAACCAUCCUGACCUUUGUCAUGGUAACUACCUAGCCUGGUGGAACCAUCCUGACCUAUUUCACUUCACAUAUCAGUCUGGCAUUCCUCUUCAUUGAAACAUUUUGAGCAUAUGUCUGUAAUGAAGGGCAUUAUUCAAAACUAACUUGUCUGCGUUUGAAUCACCUUCAACCAAUCAGAGGAAGGCCUAAUUCAAAGCACAGUGUUUGGCAACGUGUGAUUUUGUCCUAGAUCCACCUUUUGUUUCUGAGAGGAUGCUGAUUGGACCGAUUCUAACUUAUUGCAAAUGGCCAUCUAUUGGAGAAAGGCCAGACUGAUUCAUCAAGUGAAACAGUCUGGUAAACGGGGCAAUCAGGCUGGUUCCACCAGGCCACUAACAACCUGCUCCCUGUAUUACGCAUAUCCAUAUACUGUUUCAUAUCUGUACAGGUUAUGUGUAAAUUGAUAAAUGCGAUUGAUAUGAAUGAUAUGAAUGAUAUAAUGAUGUAAAUGAUAUGAAUGAUAAUGAUGUGAAUGAUAUGAAUGAUAAUGAUGUGAAUGAUAUGAAUGAUAAUAAUGUGAAUGAUAUUAAUGAUAAUGAUGUGAAUGAUAAUGAUGUGAAUUAUAUGAAUGAUAAUGAUGUGAAUGAUAUGAAUGAUAAUGAUGCGAAGGAUGUGAAUGAUAUUAAUGAUAAUGAUGUGAAUGAUAUGAAUGAUAAUGAUGUGAACGAUAUGAUGAUAAUGAUAUGAAUGAUAAUGAUGUGAAUGAUAUGAAUGAUAAUUAUGUGAAUGAUAACGAUGUGAAUGAUAUGAAUGAUAAUGAUAUGAAUGAUAAUGAUGUGAAUGAUAAUGAUGUGAAUGAUAUGAACGAUAAUGAUGUGAAUGAUAACGAUGUGAAUGAUAUGAAUGAUAAUGAUGUGAAUGAUAUGAAUGAUAAUGAUAUGAAUGAUAUGAAUGAUAAUGAUGUGAAUGAUAUGAAUGAUAAUGAUGUGAAUGAAAUACAUAGUAGCAGCAUGUGGAGCAGAGUCCAUUGUGACAUCAUUCAAAACUCAGUCUAACUAACUCUCCUUCUCUAUACUGCUCUACCCCUCACCUCUUCAAACCCCCGCUUUCCGUCUGCCGCUUUCCGUCUGCCGCUUUCCGUCUGCCGCUUUCCGUCUGCCGCUUUCCGUCUGUGGCUUUCCAUCUGUCAUCUCCUUUCUUUUCCCCUUUCUCCUCACCUCUCCUCGUUUUCUAUACUCAUCUUCUCCUUUCCAUACCCUAUUGCUUCCCAUCUCUUUUCUCUUCCGCCUCUCUCCUUUUCUCCCAGCAAACGGGUGCGGGUGCUGAGGGGUCGGGCCAGCCUCUGGUCUCCCCAGGCUCGUGUCUGGAACACUUCCGCCAGGUCCCCUUCAUCGAGUGUCACGGCCGGGGAACCUGUAACUACUUCCCUGACUCCUACAGCUUCUGGCUGGCCUCGCUCGACCCCAACCACAUGUUCAGGUUAGAAUCAUCACAGCAGAGAUUGAUUCAGUGUGUAUGUGCAUGCUUGUGUGUGUGUGAGUGCGUGGUGGGGAUUACGGUUCUGGAGGGCUGCAAAGUGUGUGCAGACGUUUGUUCGAGCCCAGCUCUAACAUGAAAUGUCCACAUAUCUAUGCCCAACCCAUCUAUCUAUACUGUAUCAUAUUCUGUUUUGUUCUACAGUGCCUUGCAAAAGUAUUCAUCCCCCUUUGUUGCAUUAAAACUUGUAAUUCAAAUUGAUUUUUAUUUGGAUUUCAUGUAAUGGACAUACAAAAUAGGCAAAAUUGGUGAAGUGAAAUGAAAAAAAAUCAAAAAAAUUACGGAAAAGUGGUGCGGCAGUAUUUAUUCACCCCCUUUGCUAUGAAGCCCCUAAAUAAGAUCUGGUGCAACUAAUUACCUUCAGAAGUCACAUAAUUUGUUAAAUAAAGUCCACCUGUGCGCAAUCUAAGUGUCACAUGAUCUGUCACAUGAUCUCAGUAUAUAUACACCUGUUCUGAAAGGCCCCAGAGUCUGCAACAACACUAAGCAAGGGGCACCACCAAGCAAGCGGCACCAUGAAGACCAAGAAGCUCUCCAAACAGGUCAGAGACAAAGUUGUGGAGAAGUACAGAUCAGGGUUGGGUUAUAAAAAAAUAUCCGAAACUUUGAACAUCCCACGGAGCACCAUUAAAUCCAUUAUAAAUAAAUGGAAAGAAUAUGGCACCACAACAAACCUGUCAAGAGAGGGCCGCCCACCAAAACUCACGGACCAGGCAAGGAGGGCAUUAAUCAGAGAGGCAACAAAGACCAAAUAUAACCCUGAAGGAGCUGCAAAGCUCCACAGCGGAGAUUGGAGGAUCUGUCCAUAGGACCACUUUAAGCCGUACACUCCACAGAGCUGGGCUUUACGGAAGAGUGGCCAGAAAAAAGCCAUUGCUUAAAGAAAAAAAUAAGCAAACACGUUUGGUGUUCGCCAAAAGGCAUGUGGGAGACUCCCCAAAUAUAUGGAAGAAGGUACUCUGGUCAGAUGAGAUUAAAAUUUAGCUUUUUGGCCAUCAAGGAAAACGCUAUCUCUGCCGCAAACCCAACACCUCUCAUCACCCCUAGAACACCAUCCCCACAGUGAAGCAUGGUGGUGGCAGCAUCAUGCUGUGGGGAUGUUUUUCAUCAGCAGGGACUGGGAAACUGGGCAGAAUUGAAGGAAUGAUGGAUGGCACUAAAUACAGGGAAAUUCUUGAGGGAAACCUGUUUCAGUCUUCCAGAGAUUUGAGACUGGGACGGAGGUUCACCUUCCAGCAGGACAAUGACCUUAAGCAUACUGCUAAAGCAACACUUGAGUGGUUUAAGGGGAAACAUUUAAAUGUCUUGGAAUGGCCUAGUCAAAGCCCAGACCUCAAUCCAUUUGAGAAUCUGUGGUAUGACUUAAAUAUUGCUGUACACCAGCGGAACCCAUCCAACUUGAAGGAGCUGGAGCAGUUUUGCCUUGAAGAAUGGGCAAAAAUCCCAGUGGCUAGAUGUGCCAAGCUUAUAGAGACAUACCCCAAGAGACUUGCAGCUGUAAUUGCUGCAAAAGGUGGCUCUACAAAGUAUUGACUUUUGGGGGGGUGAAUAGUUAUGCAUGCUCAAGUUUUCUGUUUUUCUUGUCUUAUUUCUUGUUUGUUUCACAAUAAAAGGUAUUUUGCAUCUUCAAAGUGGUAGGCAUGUUGUGUAAAUCAAAUGAUACAAACCCCCCCCAAAAAAUCAAUUUUAAUUCCAGGUUGUAAGGCAACAAAAUAGAAAAAAAGCCAAGGGGGGGUGAAUACUUUCGCAAGCCACUGUAUGCUAUACUCAACUAUACUAAACUAUGUUGGAUUUCAUUUGAUGUUGUAGACUUGUGUUUUAUGACGUAACUGUCAACUCUAAUGGUAUAAUGCCCUGUAUUUUACAGCACAGUAUACAGUAAUACUGCGUCAGAUUGGACUAAACCAUACGUCGUGGUGCUACUCCAAAGAGAGCCUAUUUCCUUACAGAGCAUACUUUACUGAUCUGGGGGGGGGGGGGGGGGGACAUGAUCCUAGAUCAGCCUGUUUUGUGUGCUCCCCCAUGCAGUAAGCCUGUGCCCCAGACGGUGAAGGGACGUCUUCUAGAGAAUGUCAUCAGUCGCUGCCGCGUCUGCAGGAAAGCACAUGGCCAUGGCAGUGUAUUGUAA